CUUCCCCAAAUAUGAACUAGCACAAAAGAGAGAGAAAAGGAAAUAUUAAAUCAAUAUAUUUCCAGUUUGGGAUAAAAUGCCUAAAUAUGUAAAUCUCUUUUAUUAAUUUCCGGUAAUUAUUUUGGUUUUUUCCGGAGCUCAUCGUUAAACAAUUUCAGUGUUUCUGCUAAAUAUCUGGUUUCGACUUUUCAGUGAUUGUUUAUCCUGCAAUUUUGCUAUUGGGAUUUCUUCUCAGUUUCAACUGUUCGAAAUUUGCCGUCGAGUAAAAUAAUGGUGGUGGCGACGAGCCUCGCUUCGCUGCUGGAGAAGCUCAAAGUGGAGGAGCCUUACCUUCCACCGCGAAAUUGGGAAUCCUUACAUUCUCAGAGCGGUAGAUUUCCUCCUCGUGCUUCUGCUUCUCCGUCGUCUUCUUCCUCUGUCUCUGAAUCGAGCUUGGUCAGGUUGGCGUUGAAUGCUCUCCAAGGUGUUGAGUCUUCUCUUAUUAGCAUAGAGAAGCUCUCUUCUGUAUUAUGCUCUGAGCCAGCUGAUAGGACCACCCACACAAUUCCGAGCUUAUGGCAUCGAUUGUCAAGCACUGAUGCGUUGGGACAGAUUCUUAGAAAUAUAGGCUGCUUUGGUUCUUUGGUCUUUCUUCUCCAUAAGUUCGUAGACCAUUUCACAAGCUUGGAUUUGGAGGUGGAAACAGCACAAGGGAGCUAUAAUUUAGGUGAAAAUGAAGAACCCAACAGCAAGAGCUGCUAUACACUUGUUAAUCAGGCUUUUGCUAUUGCUGUGAGAAAGGUCCUAGAAGGCUAUGUAUCUGGACUGGAUACGUUAUGUGCGUCGAUAGAACUGAGGCGUUCAUCAAACAUUGUGGAUAGGUCUGACCACGAGUCCUCUUGGCUAGGCUGCCUUACAAACGUCGUUCAUCAAAAUAUAACAUUAUUGGAUGUUUUUCUACAUACGAUAGAGUUACGAACACAGAUUGACGCUCUUGCGAACAUAUGUGGUUUGUAUGAUAUAUCCCUAUCUUACUGUGGCUCUCCUUGGGAAUGUCUGAUUACUGAAGCAACCGCGGGAUUUCAUGGGUUCUACAGAGGAAGCGACCUGCUUACUUACUUAUAUUCACAACUGAAGGUUGCUGAUUCUGCUCAUAGUGCUAUGCUUAAGUUUUUGUUCCUCAAAUCAUGUGAGCCAUAUUGUGAGUUUAUAAGAUCUUGGAUAUAUAAAGCCGAACUUAACGAUCCUCAUAAGGAGUUCAUUUUGGAAUGUGUAAGUGAAUCGACAUCUCUUUCUUGGAAUAAACCUGGUGUCUCCCCGUUAAAGAGGGUCAGGGAGCAAGAAGGAGGGCUUGUUCCAUGUUUCCUGGAUGGUUUCUUGAUACCUAUACUAAGGGCUGGUCAACAGCUCCAAGUAAUUACAAAACUUCUUGAGUUGUGUAAUCUUUCUGCAUCUGGACACAAAUAUUACGCAGAUCUUCUUCCCUGUUGGACUCAUUAUUGUACCACUAGUUCAACGUACCCAUCUCCAAUAACUUUCAACAAAUUGCAUAUAGAAGUGAUGAUACAGAAAAGAGACGAUUACUACAGAAGAAUUCAAAAAAAACUUGGUGACCUUUCAAAAAAGUUUGAACUGUUCAUUGGGCAGGUUCCUGGAGCAAUCUCUUUACCAAUAUCCAAUGGCGACAGAGGAAAUAUUCAAAAAAGUUCCGUUUAUUUCAUACUGGAUGAGAGUUUACUAAAUCCUUCAGCAGAGGCAAUGGACUUGACCAGGGACCUGAGUUGUUCGGAUUCUGAUGACCAGAAAACAGAUGACAUAUGGUUUUCAGAGAUAGAUGCGUCAUGCUCAUCUGAAUGUUCAUCCACUAGGGAUUCUUUGGAAGUAUAUGAUGUUGGAAUCCUUGAUUCACAAAGUACAUUAAUGCCUUCACAAAGUUAUUUAUCAGCUCUACGUUUCUCUGUUGCCUAUCAGAAUCUGGUUCAGCAUGGUGAAGUAGGUUAUACAGAAAAUAAUUGUGUGAGGAAAGGUGUGAAGCCUGAUACUGAGCCAGAAGAGUCGACUGAAGUAUGUGAGGAUGAUAAAUUUAGAGGUCUUCUUUCUAUCAAGUCAUGGCCCUUUGGCGGAUUACCUAGAAAUCCAUUUUGUGCUGAGAAGUACGUGGAAGAUGAGAAAGAAUUUCCACCUAGUGUUUCGGGAGAUAAGAUUGAACAGAGGCACUUACUGAAUACUGUUGAAAGCACGCAAUUAUCAAACAACAUUCCGACCGGUGGUAGUUAUUCAAAGCAGGAGAGAAAGCAUAAUUUGUUGAAAGGUACAACGGUGAAGUACCCUUACGAGGUGCUCAGCAUGAAUCCUUUGCUGAGAUGUGAUUUCUUGGGCAAGCAUGGAACCACAAACAGCAGGGACCAGGGGAAAUCAUUGCCCUGGUUCGAUUUUUCUGCGGUGGAUGAUCCUUCCAAAAAGUGUCUUGCCAGGAUACCUGUAGGAUCUCAUGUUGAUUUUCACGUGGAAUCUCAUAGUUCUCAGACUGAUAGAAAGAGUCAUCGGCAGGCCAACCAAGAAAGUGGGAUAGAUAGGGUUGAUGUUGAAGAUCGUAUAGUUUCUUGCAGUCAUUUAUCUCCGGGUUCACAAGGUUGCAUUGAAGAGAAAAAAUCAAACGCAUAUGGUGGAAGUAGAUGGGAGGGUAUGCUUCUCAGAUCAAAUGACCCUGAAACUAGUGCAUCUAGUGAUUGCAGACAGAGCUCCUCCGGCACAUUUGAAUUACCACUUGAUUUUGUUAUAGACAAGUGUCUACUGCAGGAAAUACGUCUUCAUAAGCUAGCUAUCAAAUUGCUCGAAGAAGGAUUUGGCUUGCAAGAACAUCUGCUAGCUCUACGCAGAUAUCAAUUUAUGGAGCUAGCAGAUUGGGCAGAUGUAUUUGUAGUGACACUUUGGCAUCAUAAAUGGCUUGUUACAGAAGCAGAUAAGAGAAUUUCAGAAAUCCAAGGGUUUCUAGAAUCAUCAAUACAGAGAUCGUCAUGUGAACGAGAUACUUGUAAGGACAGGCUAUUUUUGUACAAAAGACAAGGCACAAUGCAUCUUCCGCCAUCAACCAUUGGAGUGCGUUCUUUUGAUUUCGUAGGGUUGGGGUACCGAGUUGACUGGCCAAUCAGUAUAGUUUUAACAUGUGAUGCGCUGAAAGCAUAUGCUGAUGUAUUUAGUUUUCUGGUUCAAGUGAAACUGGCAGCAUAUGCAUUAACUGAUGCCUGGUGUUCAGUGAAGGAUGUACGUCAUACGAUGCAAGAGAAGAAAGAGGGGAUGGCAAAGCAAGAACUCCGGUGGUUAAACAUAUUGAUGAAAUUAAGGCAUCAGGUCAACCAUUUUGUAUCAACACUACAGCAAUAUGUACAUUCGGAAUUGUCUCACGUAUCAUGGUCCAAGUUCCUUCAUUCCCUGAAGCAUCAGGUCAAGGAUAUGAUGGAUCUUGAGUCUGUGCAUAUGGCUUAUCUAAGUGAAGCUCUGCGCAUAUGUUUCCUAUCUGACGAAACCCGAGUCAUAUCUAACAUUAUAGAGAACAUCUUACAAUGCGCAAUCGACUUCGGAUCUUGUCUUCCGAGAGGCACUCAGAGUACAGGUCGAGUUCCAAACGAUUCGUGGACAAAAACGCUCGGCAUAAACACAUCUCAGGUGAUGAUGGUGAAGCAGAAGUUUGACAAAGAGUUGAAAGAUCUGCAUUUGUGUCACUUGAGAUCACCAAAACAUGGGAGGUUUGGGCUUUCACGCUUUUGGGACUGCCUUAAUUUCAACCUUUAUUAUUCAGAUAUCCUUCAUGAUUCUAACAUCUUUGCUCUUAUUACUUAAGAACCAACUAGGUGGUUGCCCGCAUAUAUGUGCGGGUAUAAUUUUUUUUAUAUAUAAUUAGUUGUAAUAUUUAAAUAUUGAUUAAUUUUUUUAAACAUUGGCAUAUUUGUAUAUAUAUUGUUUUAAUAUUUCACAAACUUCUUUUUGAAACCAAUGUAUUUUAAAAACUUUAUUUUUAUAAUACUUGUAAUAAUAUAU